AGCACAGAUGUGCUCCACUGAACAGCAGCAGGGCUGUCUCUCUCCCUCACACACACAUGCGCACACACAUACACUCACAUGCCCCUGUAGUGAAAGAGCACACCAUCACCAGCUCAGGCUGUCACAGUGGCAGAGACACAAAGCCCUGUGCCCAAUGGGAACUAGGAGCUGACUCUGGAACACAAAGAAGAGAGAGAGAGGGGGAAAGAGACUUCAGUUGCCUUUUCAUCUGCAGAGGUAGAGGGAAGAGGUUGAUGCACUAUAGAUAGCGGGAGCGAGGGGGAGCGAGAGGGGGAGCGAAGCAAUUGCAGUCAGGCUCAGUUGCUGCUGUCAAAAGCUGGAGGCUCAGUGAGUAUUAUCAUAGGAAGCUGGUGGAGCAACAUCACAGUCCAACACACGCACACUCUUUGGACAGACGGACCGCAGAACCAGAGACGCACAGGCAACACACACACGCCGAGUGAGGACCAGGCUUGCGAACGUGGAUGGACCACCGGUCAAGAUCUGGGUGUCUGGUGCAGUGAUCCAGCCCCAGUGGUGCAAAGGUAGUGAGGGUACAUGGCAGCCGUUCCAGGCCUGGGGUGGCCUGGCCUGCUACUGUUGCUGCUGACUACUGUGGCCUCCACUCAGAGCCAAGGCUGUCCCCAGCGCUGUGAGUGCAUGGCCAAGCUCAAGUCUGUGGCAUGCCAGGGCAAGCGCCUGUCUGCCUUCCCCGACGGCAUCUCCUCGGACACACGUCUGCUGGACCUGAGUGGGAACAGGCUUCGCUGGGUGGAGCAUGGCGACCUCCUCUCCUUCCCUCGGCUGGAGGAUCUGGACCUGAGUGAGAACAUCAUCACCGUCCUGGAACCCAACGCUUUCUCCAGCCUGCAGAGCCUGAGGGUGCUGUCGCUGAGGGGGAAUCAGCUCAAACUGGUCCCCAUGGGCGCCUUCUCACGCCUCACCAACCUCACCACACUGGACCUGAGCGGGAACAAGAUUGUCAUCCUGUUGGACUUCACCUUCCAGGACCUGAAAAGCCUGAGGAACCUGGAGGUUGGUGACAACGACCUGGUCUACAUCUCCAACAAGGCCUUCCUGGGCCUGGUGGGUCUGAGGGAGCUCACCAUUGAGAGGUGUAACCUGACCUCCAUCUCCAGCCAGUCCCUGUCCUACCUCCGCAGCCUGGUCACUCUGCGCCUGCGCUACCUCAGCAUCUCCUCCCUGGAGGACCAGAACUUCCGUAAACUGGGCGGGCUGCGGGGGCUGGAGAUCGACCACUGGCCUUUCCUGGAGCACAUCUCCCCCCACAGCCUCCAGGGCCUUAACCUGUCCUGGCUGUCGAUCACCAACACCAACAUCACCUCUGUGCCCACGGCCGCCCUGCGCAGCCUGCCCCACCUCAUCAGCCUCAAUCUCUCAUACAACCCCAUCUCUGUGCUGGAGUCCUGGGCCCUGAGGGACUUGGUACGUCUAAAGGAGCUGCACCUGGUCAACACCAACCUGAUGAUGGUGCAGCCAUAUGCCCUCGGCGGCCUUCGGCAGAUCCACCUGCUCAACCUGUCCACUAACGCCCUGGUAACCCUGGAGGAGGGUGCCUUCCAGUCCGUCAAUACCCUGGAGACGCUGCGUGUGGAUGGGAACCCUCUGUCCUGUGACUGCCGCCUGCUCUGGAUCCUCCAGCGCAGGAAGACCCUCAACUUUGAAGGGAAGUCCCCAGUGUGUGCAGGCCCCAUGGAGGUGCAGGGCAGGGCCCUCAGCGCAUUCUCAGACUCUGCCCUCUUCGACCACUUUACCUGCCAGAAGCCCAAGAUACGCAACAGGAAGCUGCAGCCAGUGACUGCCAGGGAGGGCCAGGUGGUGUCUUUUGUGUGCCGGGCGGAGGGUGAGCCCACACCUAUCAUCUUCUGGGUAUCUCCCCAGCGCCGCCGGAUCACUACCAAGAGUACUGGACGUGUCACCGUCCUACCCGAGGGAACGUUGGAGAUUCGCUACGCCCAGCUGACCGACACCGGCACCUACAUCUGCAUUGCCAGCAACGCUGGGGGCAAUGCCACCUACUUUGCCACGCUGACCGUGAGUUCACUGCCUCUGGACGCUGCUCUCAUGGCCAACCGCACAUACUACACAGGUGACCUCAACGAGACCAAUCUGAACGACACCAAGGUCUUCCUCAAGUUCACCUUGGACCUCAAGACAAUCCUGAUAUCCACAGCCAUGGGGUGUUGCUUGUUCCUUGGCGUGGUGGUUUUCUGUUUCCUGAUGCUGUUCGCAUGGAGCCAGGGCCGGGGACAGCACAAGAAUAACUUCUCAGUUGAGUACUCUUUCAGAAAGGUGGACGGCCCUGCAGCCAGCGGCGGACAAGGAGGGGCCCGCAAGUUCAACAUGAAGAUGAUUUGAAUCAGAAAACGGGUCACUCUGUUUACUAGUAGACUCAGAUGGGGACACAAUAAUAACUUUGGACUUUAUGAUUCGGAUCCCUAUUGGUUCAGAAAUCAACACAUUAGGUGAUCUAAGACAAUGUACUAAAACUUUGUUUUGUAUUUGUAAAUGUCUGUAUCAACAAAAAGUAAAUAGGUAAAUGGAUUUGGUACAGACACAUUUUCUCUCAUUUGCUAUUUGUGUAUUGUGGUUUAUCUUGUGUAGAUGAGUCUGGAUGAUAGUUAAAGAUGUCACUAAAUCCCAUUGACUGUUAAGAUUCAAAACACAACACCCCUGCACAGCUCCAUCUGUCUCUCUGCAGUGCACCCUCCCCUUUUAAGGUUCUUAAAAGGAGAGGGUGACCUGGGGCUCCGAGGUAUGGGAACGCAUGGAAAAAAUGACCUUUAUAUUAAAGCAUUGCAUGCAUUAUCACCGCUUUUGCUUACUGGCAUAGAGCAGUAUAGUAGAGGCGCCUGUAGAAGUUGCACACAUGGGGCAAACAUGGGGCAAACAUUUGUAGUCUAGGGUCCGGGAAAAAUGUGGCCUUUUAUAUUUCAUGCAAUUCUACAUCAUUUUAGAUGACUGGAGACUAGCAGAAUAUUUUUUAUACCUCACAAAUUAUGAAAUUGUCAGGCUACUUUGACACUGACAAACUGAGAAUCUGAGAUCAAGAAAAACGACCUUGUCUUGAAUCCAUCAGUAGCCUAGGCCUAGGUUUGUGGAGACACAUAUUGUACAAUAUGAGGAGGAAAAUAUAGUCAUAAAAAGCUUCCAGUUUCACUGACUCAACCAAUGAUGAGCAGCUCACUCAUGGACAUGGCCGAUGCGCUCGUGCCAAAAGCUUGUCGCUCUCGUUUUACUUUGUAAGACAAUGCUGUUUGCUUAAUAGGCCUAUUUGGAAGUUGAUAACUUGGUAGCCUACAAUCAGAUUAGUAUAGUCUUUUCGGCAGGAUCCCUUUCAUUUCCAACCUGUGUUUUCUCGCGAUUGCAUUUUAAAUAUUGCGAAAGGCCUGUUUUGGCUGCAUGCUGUUCACUGACAGAUUUGCCUCGCGUUCCUGACUCUCAGCAUGCCUUGUGAUUGGGCUACACACAAUCCACAGCAAGGCUAUUUAAAAAAAAAAAAAAAAAAGAGAUAUUGAUUCUCUGUAGCUAAAUUAUAGUCCAACUCCUGAUGUAGUAUUCAGAAUUAUGUCAUUUAUUUCUGAACAUGGAGGUAAUUCUAUUACUUUGGCAAAUGUAUUUGAAUUCAUCAUGGGUGCUGUGGCACCUUCAGCACCCCUCCUGCGUAUAUGAUUCUAUUUUUUUAUUUAUUUUUUUAUUUAUUUAUUUUACCUUUAUUUAACCAGGUAGGCAAGUUGAGAACAAGUUCUCAUUUACAAUUGCGACCUGGCCAAGAUAAAGCAAAGCAGUUCGACAGAUAAAACGACACAGAGUUACACAUGGAGUAAAAACAAACAUACAGUCAAUAAUGCAGUAUAAACAAGUCUAUAUACAAUGUGAGCAAAUGAGGUGAGAAGGGAGGUAAAGGCAAAAAAGGCCAUGAUGGCAAAGUAAAUACAAUAUAGCAAGUAAAAUACUGGAAUGGUAGUUUUGCAAUGGAAGAAUGUGCAAAGUAGAAAUAAAAAAAUAAUGGGGUGCAAAGGAGCAA